AUGAUUGGACAACAGUUGUCGAAAACCGUUCAAUUUUUGCAAAAAGGAAGUGUCCGCUUCUACAACAACACUUACAACAAUUUGAAAAUCAAUAAAAAUACCAAGGUUAUUGUCCAGGGCUUCACUGGAAAGCAAGGAACCUUCCAUGGAAAGCAAAUGAUUGAGUAUAACACUAAGGUUGUUGGAGGAGUCAACGCCAAAAGAGCUGGUGAAACUCACUUGGGAUUGCCAGUUUUUAAGGAUGUCAAGGAGGCUAGAAACAAGACUGGUGCCGAUGCUUCAGUCAUCUAUGUUCCGGCUUCUGGAGCCGCAGAUGCCAUUGAGGAGGCGAUUGAUGCCGAAAUCCCACUAGUUGUCUGCAUCACUGAAGGAAUUCCACAACAUGACAUGGUUCGCGUGAAAUCUCGACUUGUCAAACAGAACAAGACCCGACUUGUCGGACCAAACUGUCCGGGAAUUAUCUCCGCGGAUGAGUGCAAAAUCGGAAUCAUGCCAGGACAUAUCCAUAAACGCGGAAUAAUUGGAAUCGUGUCGCGCUCGGGAACUCUCACUUACGAAGCCGUUCACCAAACAACCCAUGUCGGAUUCGGACAAACGCUCUGUGUCGGAAUCGGAGGAGAUCCAUUCAAUGGAACCAACUUCAUCGAUUGCUUAAAGGUUUUCCUUGAGGAUAACGAAACCAAGGGAAUCAUCCUCAUCGGUGAAAUUGGUGGGUCCGCUGAAGAAGAGGCGGCCAAGUUCUUGAAAGAGAACAACAUGGGAGAUAAUCGCAAGCCGGUGGUCUCGUUCAUUGCUGGAGUUACAGCACCACCGGGUAGAAGAAUGGGUCACGCGGGAGCGAUCAUUUCGGGAGGAAAGGGAACCGCUGCUGAUAAGAUUGCCGCUUUGAGAGAAGCCAACGUAGUUGUUACCGACUCGCCGGCGAAAUUGGGAACAUCGAUGGCCACCGCUUUUGUUCAGAAGAUCUAA